GACAACAUGCCUCCAUUUCUGUCUCUGCCAGCUGUCAGCCUACUCCUCUUCUCCGUGGUGUCCCCAUCCAUGUCUCUUCAGGAAGUCCAUGUGAGCAGGGAGACCAUUGGGAAGAUUGCAGUGGCCAGCAAAUUGAUGUGGUGCUCAGCGGCGUUUGACAUCCUGUUUCUGUUCGAUGGCUCUCACAGCGUCGGGAAAGGCAGCUUCGAGAGAUCCAAGCACUUUGCCAUCACUGUCUGUGAUGCUCUGGACAUCGGCCCUGGGAGGAUCCGAGUGGGAGCCUUGCAGUUUGGUUCCACUCCUCAUCUGGAAUUCCCCUUGGAUUCCUUUUCCACCCGACAGGAAGUGAAGGCAAACAUCAAGAGGAUAGCUUUCAAAGGCGGGCGCACAGAGACAGGCCUCGCUCUGAAACGCCUGCGCAGAGGGUUCCCCGGAGGCAGAAACGGUGCUGUGCCCCAGCUCCUUAUCAUCAUCACGGAUGGCAAGUCCCAGGGGCCCGUGGCUCUGCCAGCUAAGCAGCUGAGAGAAAGAGGCAUCGUUGUGUUUGCUGUAGGGGUCCGGUUUCCCAGGUGGGACGAGCUGCUCACACUGGCCAGUGAGCCAAAGGAGCAGCAUGUGCUGUUGGCUGAGCAAGUGGAGGACGCCACCAACGGUCUCCUCAGCACCCUGAGCAGCUCAGAGCUCUGCACCUCCGCUGAUGCAGAUUGCAGGGUGGAAGCUCACCCCUGUGAGCGCAAGACCCUGGAGACCGUCAGGGAACUGGCUGGCCAUGCCCUGUGCUGGAGGGGAUCGAGGCAGGCGGAUGCUGUGCUGGCUGUACGCUGCCCCUUUUACAGCUGGAAGAGAGUGUUCCAAACACACCCUGCCACCUGCCAUAGGACCAUCUGUCCAGGCCCCUGUGACUCCCAGCCCUGCCAAAAUGGAGGCACAUGCAUUCCAGAGGGUGUGGAUAGGUACCACUGCCUCUGCCCGCUGGCAUUCGGAGGGGAAGUCAACUGUGCCCCAAAGCUGAGCCUGGAAUGCAGGAUCGAUGUCUUCUUCCUGCUGGAUAGCUCUGCAGGCACCACUCUGGAGGGCUUCCGGCGGGCCAAGGCCUUCGUGAAGCACUUCCUGCAGGCCGUGCUGAGUGAGGACUCUCGGGCCCGCAUUGGGGUGGCCAGUUACAGCAGGGAUCUGAUGGUGGCUGUGCCUGUCGGGGAGUACCAGGAUGUGCCAGACCUGGUCAGGAGGCUUGACAGUGUUCCCUUCCAUGGUGGUCCAACCCUGACUGGCAGUGCCUUGCUGCAGGUGACAGAGCAUGGCUUUGGGACUGCCAGCAGGACAGGCCAGGACAGGCCACGCAGAGUAGUGGUUCUGCUCACUGAAUCACACUCACAGGAUGAUGUGGCUGGGCCAGCAGAUCACGCAAGGGCUCGGGAGCUACUCCUCCUGGGCGUGGGCAGUGAGAUCGUGCAGGCGGAGCUAGAGAUCAUCACAGGCAGCCUGAAGCACGUGAUGGUCUACGCAGACCCUCAGGACCUAUUCAGCCAGAUCCCGGAGCUACAGAGGAGGCUGUGCAGCCAGCCACGGCCAGGCUGCCAAGCACAGUCACUGGACCUGGUGUUCCUGCUGGAUGCCUCUGCCUCAGUGGGACCUGAGAACUUUGCCCAGAUGCAGACUUUCAUCAGGAAAUGCACUCUGCGCUUUGAUGUGAACCCUGAUGUGGCACAGGUUGGCCUGGUGGUGUACGGCAGCCAGGUGCAGACAGCCUUCGGCCUGGACACCCAUCUCACCCGUGCUGCCGUGUUGCGGGCCAUGAGCCAGGCUCCCUACCUCGGGGGUGUGGGCUCUGCUGGCACAGCCUUGCUGCACAUUGAUGACAAGGUGAUGAGUGUCCAAAGGGGCGCCCGCCCUGGUGUCCCCAAAGCUGUGGUGAUGCUCACAGGUGGGAGUGGGGUAGAAGAUGCUACUGUCCCUGCCCAGAAGCUGAGAGACAAUGGCAUCUCAGUCUUGGUUGUGAGCGUGGGGGCUGUCCUCAGGGAGGCAGUGCGGAGGCUCGCUGGUCCCCGGGACUCCCUGAUCCAUGUGGCAGCUUACUCGGACCUACCGUACCACCAGGAUGUGCUCAUUGAGUGGAUAUGUAGAGAAGCCAAGCGGCCAGUCAACCUCUGCAAACCCAGCCCAUGCAUGAAUGAAGGCACCUGUGUCCUAAAGAAUGGCAGUUACCGCUGCAAGUGCCGGGGUGGCUGGGAAGGCCCCCACUGUGAGAACCGCGUCUUGAGAGGAGAUGCCCCCAUGGCACAUAGCUUCCACCAAGAGCCCACCAGAGGACGGCAGCCAACCCCCCAGCCAGCUCCUGGGCAUCUCAGAAUCUGAAAGGCACUGUCUGUGGCCCGGUGCACCUCCUGGGAGUUCUGGAGCAUCUGCUUCCAGCUCUAAGCUGAGCUGUCCUGCCCACAAGCCUCUGCCACAGAGGACCGUGCUGCUUGGGACAGGAGCAGCUGCAGCUGUCCAUCACUAUGGUGAUCUUGGAAACUGCUAAUGUGUCAGUAUUUACCUCCUGUACCUGUUUGUCACCUUUCCUGAGGAUAAGGAAGAGGCCAUGGAGCUUGAUGGCCUGCUGGAGGGCCAUUUUGACCAUCACAAAUGCUAGGGAGAAGGCUGAAAGGUGGUAAUGCCUGGAGGAAGGCAUCUGCCGGGCGUACCACGCAGUGAUGGUUUUGACACAAAAGGUGGACUUCUCCCUUUCCCAAAAGAUAACUCCUAUGGAUUUAGUUUGAAAAGGGAUUAUGUGCCAUUUGUGAGGUUUUCUGGUGACCAGCUCUGUGUGUGGGAAAGACCUGGGAAGGUCUCAGACAGCAGUUUGGCCCAUUAGCCAGUUUGUGUAUAGGGAAGGGGCGUACUGUGCGAAGGGUUCUCUCUUGUGGUUGGUCUGGGUGCUGCACAGUAAGACCUUCGGGGGCUUCCUUUCAGAGUUUAUGUAGGAGAAGUCAGUGGUAGUGCAUUGCUGUCCUCGUUUUUGGUGGUGGCAGUGAAGGGCGGACGUCACAAACUCAGCCAUUGAGGGCGAGGGGUGACUAGGAGGUUAGCUUUCAACGCUCACCGGCUUUGCCUUACAUGCUUCUCCUGCCCAGUCUGUUGCGGGGCUUUUCAAGAGAGAGUCGUCAUCCAUGCCCCCAGAGCACCUGUGUCUGUGUGGCAAACUAGGCGCCUAACCGCGCCACUCCCGUGGGUUUCCCCCUUCCUUGUGCUGUUUGGAGCUGGGCUUUCAGGGGAAGCGCUGCAGAGCUCUGGAAGCACCUGAGAAGCACUGGUAACAGCAGGAUGUGACAUGCAACCUGUGUGACGUAGGCUCCCAGAAUGAGACUCCCUCACCAUUACGGUGUUCUGUGGGUCAGUCUGGCUGGCUGAGACACUACUCUGCAGGUUUGCAGUAUGCUUUUCCUUCACAUUCAGACUGUGGAUGUGAACAGUUACAUACUGUUAGGUUUCAACCAGUGAAUCAAUUUUUUGACUCCCUGGAUAAGAUUUCUUUUGUGAUAUUUGGACAUUUCCAUAUCGGAGCAGUGCUAAUUUUAUCAUGGAAUGCCUGGAUUUCCCAAACUUUCACACUGUUAUAGUCAUAGUAUUUUCUUAUAAAAUCUUGCCAGUGUCUGUUUUUAAGGCUUCCUAGUCAAUUUUGCUAUUCCAUUUGCUUAGGUUAUCUUAUUUCUUAAAUUGCAGUAGCAUGUUCAAGGAGUCAGAAUUUGGUCUUGUUGAAUUUUAAAUAUAAAAUAAAUACAUUUAUGUUCCGAA